CGAAACAACAAACCUGAAGCAAGAAGAAACGCAGCAAGCAAGCAAGGGAAAAGAGAAGCCACGACAAACAAACCUUUUCUCUUCCACAAACCCGCAAGCACGCCACGCGACUGACGACCACCACCGCUUACGCGAGCACCUUGACUGUCGAUUGAACGCAUCCAUCUCUUUGUUUCUCUCGCUCGCGUGCUCUCCCUGCUCUUGUUGCAUUUGGAAGCUCCACUCUGCCUUGAGUGUCCCUUGUGCUUGUUGCCGUCUUGUGCAACGUUUUGCGACACCGUUAUUGUCUGUGGAACAACCACCCACGGCCCGACCGUUCAGCAUUCUUGUCUCCACGCCAACGCGUAAGCGCCACAGAACACCGAGCUGUUCUGGAAAACGAAGGAGAAACCACGUUUAUGCCGGUUCUCAUAGCCUCGCCAUCCCCCACCCAAGUCGCCUUUGUGCCUAUGAUUCCCCAACGUCCUAACAUCUCGUCCUAAUCCCCACCCCUCCAAGACACCAUCGCCACCCCUUUCAUUGUUCCUUCCACGUUUCUCCCUCUUUUUCCUUCUUCUUUGCAUCCUUCCUUCUCUUUUUGAGUCAACUGCCACCAUGACUGCUGUUCUCAACGUGAACCGGUCUAUUGAUGACCCUUUCUACCGCUACAAGAUGCCUGCCGUGAUUGCCAAGGUUGAAGGCAAGGGCAAUGGCAUCAAGACCGUCAUCCCCAACAUGAGCGAAAUUGCCAAGGCGCUCGACCGCCCACCUUCCUACCCGACCAAGUACUUUGGCAUUGAGCUUGGCGCGCAGACCAAGAUGGACGAGAAGAACGACCGCUACAUUGUCAACGGCGCGCACACGGCAGAUGACCUGCAAAACACGCUCGACGGGUUUAUCCAGAAGUUUGUGCUGUGUCCCAGCUGCGACAACCCGGAGACAGAGCUGCGUGUGUCGAAGAAGACAAUCAAGCAGAAGUGCGCCGCAUGCGGCUACUCUGGCCAGCUCAAGCACGCCGGGCACCGCCUUUACAACUUCAUCAUCAACCACCCGCCCAAGACAUCCGCCGUCAAGAAGGCGAAGGCUGCAAAGAAGGCGAGCGAGGGCGAGAAGAAGGCCAGCAACGGGGACGGCAAAGCGAAGCCUGCGGCCAAGGCAGACGACGACGACGCCGCGUUUGCCGGUGACAUUGAGGCGCCCGAGCUCGACACAGAGCGCAACGACGAUGACGAGGAGUGGACGGAGGACACAAGCGCAGAGGCGGUGCGCCGGCGCGAGGAGAGCCAGCUGACGGGCGCCGUGUCCAAGCUCAUGGCCUCUGCCGACGCCGACCUGCCCAUGGACGAGCGCGUAAACCUGUUCCACGCGUUUUUGAAGGAGCGGGUUGACCAGGAGCCGUUUCCAACCAAGGAGGUGAUUGACAAGGCGCUCGUGCUGGACGUGCUUGAUGCCGCCGGCGUGGUGCUCGUGGAGGUCCUGCUCGAGGGCUCGAACAUUCUCGCCCUCCUCAAGAAGUAUCAGGCUGUGCUGCAGCACUUUUGCCUGGACCGCCCAAAGGUGCAGCGCCGCCUCCUCAACGGCAUUGAGAUCAAGGUCAAGGCCGGCGACAUUAGCAUCAAGCAGAUGCCGACGGUGCUGAAUGCGCUGUACCAGCUGGACAUCAUUGAUGAGGAGAGCUUUUUUGGCUGGCACAAGAAGGUCUCAAAGCGUUAUGUGGACAAGGCGCUCUCUGCUGACAUUCGCAAGCACGCGCAGCCGUUCAUCGACUGGCUGCAGGAGGCGGAUGAGGAGGAAUCUGACUCGGACGAGGAGGAGGACGGUGGUGCCUCUGCUGCCGACGACGACGACGAUGUUGUGACGUUUGCUGCCACGGCCGACGCCGCCAACCCACCCGCCAAGGAGGAGGAGGAGGAGGACGACGAUAUUGACAUUGACGCCAUCUGAGCCAACGUUGGGCAUUUGCUGCUGCUUCUGCCGCUCUCUUCUGUUGCUCUCUGUUGUUCUCUGUGCACGUGCGAAUGUGACGGCGACUUUUGCAUGUCUUGCUCGCACUUGCUGCGCAGAUGUUGUUGUUGUUGUUUUCUUUGUUCUGUGAGUUUUUGUGCGGUCCAUUUCCCUACCUGUACGUGCACGGCAUGAAUGCGUGCAUGAAUGUGUGUGUGUGUGUGUGUGUGUGUUUCUGUUCGCAUACCGUGUGUACCCCUAACAUGCUCUGUGCCACGAAUGGCUGCACUGGUUGGUUUGUUCCGCUGCAUGUUGGAGCGUUUGCGUCUCAUGCGUCUGUCAUGCUGUUCUUGUUUGAUCAAAUACACGUUGAAAGCACAA